AUGUCGAUCAUCAGCGACGCGCUUCGGCAAGCGUUUAUGCCGAAGCGCGAGUACGAGAGUCUCCGGGAAGAAGAGAAAGCAUGGGGCAAGCUUCAGAGACCGGUGACGAUUUCUUUCAUGGCCGUAAUCUGGCUUGCAAUCGUUGUGUCUACGGUUAUCAGUUUGAAGAUAUUGUUUCCCGGUAAAGAUGGGAAAAGACCGCUCUGUGUUGAUCGAAGGGUUCAACCGAUUCAAAUUGAAAUGAAAGGUGAUUCUGAUUCGGAUCUGUAUGGUGGUGCUUUUUAUCUUACGGAUCAAGAAAUUGCUGAUUACUAUUGGAUGGUUGUGUUCAUUCCGUCGUUCGUUGUUUUCGUGAUUUCUGGUGUAUAUCUCGUUGCUGGUAUCACGGUAGCUUAUUCUGCUCCAACAAGGCAUGGAUGCUUGAAGGUAGUUGACAAUAAUUAUUGUGCCUCAAGGCGGGGUGGUGUUCGCUGUCUAUCCAUCUUGAAUCUGAUCUUCGCCAUCAUCUUUGGUCUUCUUGCCUUGUUUCUUGGUUCAAGUCUCUUGACAUUCAUGAGCAACUGCUCCACACCUUUGUUUUGGUGCUAUGAAGUUGCAUCGUGGGGACUGGUUGUUCUAUACGGUGGCACUGCCUUCUUCCUAAGGAGAAAGGCAGCUGUGAUUCUUGACGAGGGGAACUUUAGUGGACGAAAUCUUGGGCUUGAAAUGUUGGAAGCGAAUCCCCUAGAAGUUACACCAGAAGUGGAAAGGCGUGUUUCGGAAGGGUUUAAAGCAUGGAUGGGUUCAUCCCUUCUUUCUUCGGACGAAGAAGAUGAACCUGACAGUUAUGAAGAGGCAUCUCAUUUAACACAUACUAACUCAAACAGGCAGAGACUCUGA